UGGGGAUCAAUUUAUCACCUGUAGUGUAGACAUGAUAAAUCGAUCCCUGAUCGCUCUCCCAUCGACUGCUGAACUCCAGUUCGGCGAGAGGUGGAAGCAAAGUCAACGGGGGAGUGGCGGCUGUCGAUCCCGCUCUGCGAGGACACAAACAAAGACAGCCAUUGGGCAGAGGAGAAGAUACUGGGACACCAUCUCCUUCUGCUGCAGAGCAAGAUUAAAUUCUUAGGGACCUGGAGGGAGCAGGAUUUUUAGCUGGCUGAAAUUAUGGCAAAAGACAGCAGACUGUAUGCCAUCACAGUAGUGAUGGGGCUAAUCGUUCAGAGCCUUGCCUGGGUCUCUGUUCUCACUGAAAGAGAGGCACUUUAGAUCUGUCUGAAGAACUAUGGUUCACAAAGUGACUGAAUGAAAAUGAGACAUUGGCCAUGAAAGUGAGAAGGUGGAAGCCUAGGCCUUGAAUGGACUUAUUCUGCAAGAGCAGUGAUUCCCAAACUAUUGUCUGCAGAGAGCUGGCUCAGCACGUGUGGUGCUGUAUGAUUGAAUAUGACCAUUUUUAUCAUUGUUUCUACAACUGUUAUGCAAUUGCAACUAAUCUUGUACAAAGUAUAUCACAAGAAACCUCAGUUGGUGACUGGCAGUGAGAGCUUCAGCCACUUUCUCCAAGAACAUUGUCCUGUAGUGACAGAAACUUACUACCCCACAGUAUGGUGCUGGGAGGGCCGGGUACAGACCCUCUUGCGUCCCUUCAUCACCUCAAGACUCCCAGUGCAGUACAGGAAUGAGCUUAUUAAAACACCAGAUGGAGGACAGAUUUCACUGGAUUGGUUUGAUAAUGAUGACAGCAUAUGUUUUCCGGAUGCCAGGACAAGACCCACUAUCCUAUUACUGCCUGGCCUCACAGGAACAAGCAAGGAAUCCUACAUUCUUCACAUGAUCCAACAGAGUGAAAUGCUGGGAUAUAGAUGUGUGGUUUUCAACAACCGAGGAACUGCUGGUGAGACUCUCUUGACACCAAGGACUUACUGUGCUGCUAACACAGAGGAUUUGGAAGCUGUUAUUCAUCAUAUACACAACAUGCAUGCCUCAGCUCCAUUUAUGGCAGCAGGUGUUUCUAUGGGAGGCAUGCUUCUUUUAAAUUACCUGGGCCAAACUGGCCGAGAAACCCCUUUGAUGGCAGCUGCAAUUUUCUCGGCUGGUUGGAAUGUUUUUGAGUCUGCAGAAUCAUUGGAGAAACCACUAAAUUGGCUUCUCUUUAACUACUACUUGACUACUUGUUUACAGUCCUCUAUUAGUAGACAUCGACAAACGUUAGAGAAAUUAUUUGAUAUGAAUCUUGUCAUGAAGGCUAAAACCAUUAGGGAGUUUGAUAAGCAAUUCACCUCCGUCAUGUUUGGCUACCGUACAAUUGAUGAUUACUAUGUAGAUGCUAGUCCAUGUCGCAAGCUGAAGUCAAUAGGAAUUCCAGUGUUAUGUCUAAACUCUCUGGAUGAUGUUUUUUCACCAGGUCAUGCUAUACCCAUAGAAACUGCCAAACAAAAUCCAAAUGUUGCUUUGGUUCUUACUUCUUGUGGAGGCCACAUUGGUUUUCUAGAAGGAAUGUGGCCAAGGAAGUGUACUUACAUGGACAGAGUCUUCAAGCAGUUUGUGCAGGCUGUGUUUGAGCACGGAAACAAAAUCUGCAGCAUGUAGCUCUUCUGAGGCAUCUUGUCCAGCCCAUUGUU